CGCUGUUCCAUCAACACUAUAAGAGAAAGAGUGAGAGAAGCAAAGUAAAGAGAUAGACAGUAAACGAUGUCAAGGCGAUCAUCAGGGACUUGCUUGAGGCUAUGUCUAGUAACAUUUGCUGUAGUAUCAGCACUUGCAGUUUGUGGACCAGCUCUUUACUGGAGAUUCAAGAAAACUCUCAAGCUGGGUGAUUCCAAAUCCUCUUGUCCUCCUUGCAUCUGUGAUUGUCCUCCUCCUCUUUCUCUUCUCAACAUUGCCCCUGGAUUGAGCAAUCUCUCAAUCACAGAUUGUGGAAGCAAUGACCCUGAUCUCAAACAAGAGAUGGAGAAGCAAUUCGUGGACCUUCUGACGGAGGAGUUGAAGUUGCAGAAGGCUGUUGCCGAAGAGCAUUCCCGCCAUAUGAACAUCACCUUUGGUGAGGCAAAAAGGGUGGCUUCCCAGUACCAAAAGGAGGCAGAAAAAUGUAUCUCGGCCACUGAAACCUGCGAGGAUGCAAGAGAGCGAGCCGAGGCCUCACUAAUCCGGGAGAGGAAAGUUACAACAUUGUGGGAACAAAGAGCUCGACAAAUAGGUUGGGAAGGGGAAUAAACUGUCAUACUACUGUGUGGACCUAUUACUAUAAGAUCUCUUUUUCAGAUUUUCUGCUUUGCAUGAGAAGCUGAGACUGCAUUAUUUACAUAGGUUCCAGGCCAUAGGAUGAAUGUUGAUAAACGUGGUGGACCAUAGGAAUAACAACAGAAUGAGUCGAAUCGGGUAAUGUUUGAUCCUCCGCCGAUU